CUGCAGGCGGCGCUGUGGGCCCGCCGGGCGGCCCCACAGAGCCGCCAUAGCCGCCCGCCUACCCCGACUUAACGUCUCCGCUGUCGGCUCCGCGCCGCCGCCAUGGCCGACGUGGAAGACGGCGAGGAACCCUGCGCCCUGUCCUCUCACUCCGGGAGCGCAGGCUCCAAGUCAGGAGGCGACAAAAUGUUCUCUCUCAAGAAGUGGAACGCGGUGGCCAUGUGGAGCUGGGACGUGGAGUGCGAUACGUGCGCCAUCUGCAGGGUCCAGAUGCCUGUCUUAGAUGUCAAGCUGAAAACAAACAAGAGGAUUGUGUUGUGGUCUGGGGAGAAUGUAAUCAUUCCUUCCACAACUGCUGCAUGUCUCUGUGGGUGAAACAGAACAAUCGCUGCCCUCUCUGCCAGCAGGAUUGGGUGGUCCAAAGAAUCGGCAAAUGAGAGUGGAGGCUUUCUUAGUGCAUUUGUUUGGAGCCCUGGUGGAUCUUGUUAUCAAGUGCCCUACAAAGGCCAGAACACUCCAGGGAACUAAUUCUUCAAAUAGGAGGAGAUGGCUCUGUGGUCCUUUGGUACUCAUCAAAGGCAUGGCUUAGCAUUUUGUUUUAUUUUCAGAAAUUCUCUACAAUUAAGAAGAUAAUUUAUUAAAGAUGGUCUUUCCUACCUCUGUGGUAUGUAUCCCACACACUGCUUAGAAGUGCUUUAAAGGAGGAGAGAGCUACAAAUUUAAUGACUUUAUAAUUUGCUUAUUGGUAUCCAGGGGGUUGUGGAAGCAGUUCCAUUCAGAAGAGAACUUGUUGCAUGCUUAUAGUUGAUCAGUUUAAAAAAAAAAAAAAAAAAAAGACAAUGUUACAGAAACAAAUAAAGUGCAGUUUAAAACCCAACUCUUAUCCUUAAUUUGUCCCUCAUAUUUAUUUUUGGCUGGGAGGGGGUGAUUCAUGAAGUCUUUGUAUGAUAUAAUGAAAAUUUUAAGUUUGGACCAGUGAACAGGGUAAAUAAAAUUUAAUCUUCAGGCAUAUGGAAUUGUGGUUGUCUUUUAGGCUAUUAUCCUCUAUCUUUGGUUCAUCAAGAAAACCUAAAUCUGUACUCACCUCACUGUCCAAACAUUGAAUAGUAAAGAACAGAAGUAUUUGUUCUGGUCAGAUUAUGUUGUAAUUUAACUGUUUUAGGUAGAAUGUUAAUGAGGGGGAAAUGUUUACCACUGUAGCACUGGGUCAAAAAGUUUAUUUUAUUACACAGUGUUUUAAUAAAUGGUUUAUUCUGUUUACUUCA